UUUUGUAUAAUUCAUGUGAUAUUUACAUAAAUUUUCAUUCACAGUGCUGUUUUAUCGAAGACAUUAAUCGUACCCAAAUCGAGUUUCGUCACUAUCCAAGACAGAUGCAGUAGAGUUGAACGACAAUGGAUUUAUCCGAUGCCAUGAAAAUAGCGCUGGCUAAAAGCCACUCUUCACAGGCUGCCGCUCAGGCUCAGGCAGUUGCCUCAGGCAAUUCCAGCAGCGCCGUAACUGGUGGACAUGGUUCUUCUGCAGAUCAAUCUGGUGCAGGUUAUGUAACGGAAAAGCUUUACAUGCUACUACAGCUGUAUUUACAGAACAAGGGUUGGAGUCCCUCUGUGGAAUUGCUACAGUGUUUUGCUGAACUGAAGGAUACUCCCGUAUUACCGAGUGCGGCUUAUUUGCAAGUUCUGGCCAGUCGUGUUGCCCUUGAUGCUCAAGGAAGGCUGGUUCUACGAGAAUCUGGAAAAAUAAUUUUACCGUAUGAACAUUUCGCCAAUGCCGUAAUGCUGAAGCACAUGUCUGGUCCGCAUGGACUGCACUUGAGCGUAGAAGCAACGGUUCGAGCUGUCGUUGAAUCCUACACUAUUGGUCGAGAGAAUUUGGGAAUGGAAAAGGAAUUUAUCGUGGAAGUCGUCCAAUCGUGCCCAAGCCCAGCUUGUCGAUAUUAUAAGGGUCAGAUUGGGGUUGGUCCCUUCAUAGAACAAUCCUUUAAUCCAACCAAUCAUCUUAAUUCGGAUUAUUUGGCCCAUCUGCAGCAGCUGGGUCAAUCUGGAUUGGAUAUUGGAGCGGCAGAUCCAGGCGGAAAGUCCAUGGUUGGUCAAGUAAAGAUACCCAAGACGCCAUCGACCCAGCAGCAGCAAAUAACUGCUGCCAUUAUUCAACAGCAAAAUCGUGCAAUGGCACAACAAUCGUUGGAAAAAUUUGGAAACCUUACUAAUUUAGAAAAGCAACGUGUACUUCAGCAGCUGGAUAAAAAGCAUUACGAAACGGUGGUUCAGUCACAGGUGCCGAAUUUAUCAUCCCAAUUGGUUCCAGCAAAUAACAACAACGCAAUGUCAGCACAAACUGCUGCCGUUGUGAAUAAUCAACAAGUAUCGGCAGUUUCUCUUUUACAGCAGCAACAGCAGCAGGCUCAGACAAUAGAUAUUUCUCGUGCUCAACAGCAGGUCCAGGUGGCACAUUCACAUAUUCAGCCGCAACAAUUAGUUCAGCAAAUUAACACGCCGACUCCGUCGCAACUUGUAGCUGCACAGCAGUCACAGCUGGCCCAACCGCCGCUGCAGACGGUUAACAUGGACACCGGACACAAGCUGUCGGAUUAUAUGCGCGGUGCUGUAGAUCCACUGGAAAACAUGACAACCAGUAAAGAUCUUUUGGCGCUGCACAACGGCGCGUGGCCGCAGGACGGCCGUGGCGAUGGGUUAGCCGUUAGCCAAGAUAAAAUCAUUCGUGCUUUUGGGGAGUUGAUGCGCAACAUAGCUCGCAUGAAGACGUUCAUACGGCCAAGCAUGUGUAAACCGUACGGGAAGCAGUCGGAGAGUUUGCAAAAAACUCUUUUCGACACCAUACAGCUGGUACAAUCGCUGAGAAACUGCUUACCGGCACCGCAUAUUCCGGUCAGUUCGUGGAAGAGUGAAACGCACACUGGUUCGAACGGAUCCGAAUCAGUUUAACUAUUUGUCAAACACUAAUCGUAUUCAGUAAGCAUGCAUUUGAAUGCAUUGUAAUGCAUUUGAAAUUAUUUAUAUAACUAUAAACUCAACGCAAAUAACGCAACACAUUAUGUACUAGAUGAAAUCAGAAUCUCUGCUAUGCAGUAACAUUGCAAGACUUUUUACAUUGAUAUAUUAGACUUAAACAAUGUGCUUUUUAUGAAAAAAUGCAUUUAUUUAGCUAAAUAAUUAAUUUGUUCCUUUUGCUGACCGUCGCCGGCAGUUAACUGAUUUAGUUAUGAAUGUGAUAAUUUGAAGCUGUCUUACGUACUCUUCCUUCUAAAGCAAUUUGCUAGAUUAGGUAAAAUUAAUAUAAUCACACUUACAACGCUUCGCACGUAAAUUAUAUAGAUAAACAGCAAACUAUUGAUCUGUUGACAGAUCCGUAUUUAGGCAUCAAAUUUGGAUAAACGAAACUGGCAAUAGACCUGUGAUAGAGUAAAAGCGAAAAAAAGUGGACUACGUCGAUUGAUGAGUAUGAAUAUAGGGGCAAACCAUCAACUUUCUCUUAGUGGAGUGUUUCAAUCAGGUUAGAUUCGAAAUUAUCUUCCAACACAAAACAGUAUUUUACCUAUCGUACUCAAAACAAUAAAAAUUUGCUCAUUAAACUCGCAGUUUCAGAUUGAAAAUUAAUUUUUAUACAAUGGUAACAUCGAUAUUACUUAUGUGCAAUAAAAUUAUAGAUACUGCAAGUUUUUUAAUAUACUAAGACGUGAUGUCAUCAAUGAUAAACUUA